AUGAUCUCACCAGCUGUCCGAGGACUCUCCUACCACCAUAAGAAGCCGCUGGCCGGCAUCCUUCUUCGAGCCGGUGCUUUGCUCAAUAACACAUUAGUACUCUGCUCAACACCAUCAUCAUCUAUCUAUUCCCAAUUUCAUCCUCAAUCUCAGUUAUCCCUUAGAUCAUCACUAGUAGCAAAUCCUUCUCUUCAGUCGGUCAGAAUGGUAUCCAACAGCCGCAACGAGCCCUUCACCCGCGACAAGCUCUUCGACCUGAAGGGCCAUGUCGCUCUGGUAACGGGCGGCGGCUCGGGGAUCGGGCUGAUGGCGACGCAGGCGCUCGUGGCCAACGGCGCCAAGGUGUACGUCACGGGACGGACGAAGGAGAAGCUCGACCGAGUCGCGGAGCUGUACUCGGAGACAGGGGGGGACGGUAAGGGCUCCAUCGUCCCCAUCCAGUGCGACCUGACGGACAAGGCGCAGCUCGCGAACCUGGCUCAGGAGAUCUCGUCGCGCGAGGGGUGCCUGUGCAUCCUGGUCAACAACGCGGGGAUCAGCGGGGCGACGACGCAGACGGAGGCCGGGUCCGCCGGGGAGAUGAAGAAGAACCUGUUCGACGCCGAGCAGUCGACGAUGGAGGACUGGACGGACGUGUACCGGACCAACGUCGCGCAGAUCUUCUUCGCUACCACGGCCUUCUUACCUUUGCUGCAGAAGUCCUCGCAGAAGUUCCCCGGCUGGUCCGGAACCGUCAUCAACAUCUCGUCCAUCAGCGGGCUCGUCAAGACCGCCCAGCACCACUUCGCGUACAACGCGUCCAAGAGCGCCGCCGCCCAUCUGACGCGGAUGUUGGCGGCUGAGGUCGCUGCUAAUGAGUUGAAGAUUCGUAUCAACUCGAUCGCGCCUGGUGUCUUCCCUAGCGAGAUGAUCACAGACGGUAGCAAUGAGGACCAGAAGAGCCAUAUCCCCAAGGAAAAGUACGAGAGCAAGGUACCAGCAGGUCGCCCCGGCAAAGACGACGACAUGGCGCAGACGGUACUGUUCUUUGCCGCCAACCAGUACUUGAAUGGCCAAAUCGUGGCUGUAGAUGGUGGAUACACGCUCGCAGCCGGAGAAUAA